AACACCAGUGAAGACUCCACAACAGUAGGUGGCGCUUGCUGAAAUUGUGUUACACAAAUACGAAAAGAAGAAAACACUUCGGUCGGAGAACUUGCAGCACAGGAAUCAGGAAAUAUAACCUGCCGGGUAGACCUGUGCCCGCGUUAAUUGUUUCACAGAAAGCCACAUUUUACCUUUAAGAUGUCAAAAAGACAUCGUUUGGAUUUAGGUGAUGACUACUCCUCCAGCAAGAAGAGGUCCGACGGGAGAGACCGGGACCGUGACAGAGACCGCGAGGACCGUUCGAGGGAUAGGGACCGAGACAGAGACCGUGAUCGGGACAGAGACCGGGACAGAGAACCAAAGCCAUCUAGUGCCCCAUCUAACAGCACACCCGCUGCUUCAGCCUUACCACCGCUCAAGCAAAUGGUCCUACAACAGCAGAUCAACCCAUUCACCAACCUGCCCCAUACUCCCCGCUACUAUGAGAUCCUGAAGAAGAGGCUACAGCUUCCAGUGUGGGAGUACAAGGAAAGCUUCACUGACAUCAUCACACGUCACCAAAGCUUUGUGCUUGUUGGAGAGACUGGCUCCGGCAAGACAACACAGAUCCCACAGUGGUGUGUGGAUAUGGUUAGAAGCUUGCCUGGUCCUAAGCGGGCAGUAGCCUGUACUCAGCCCAGAAGAGUAGCAGCCAUGAGUGUGGCUCAGAGGGUGGCGGACGAAAUGGACGUCAUGCUUGGACAGGAAGUUGGCUACUCCAUCCGAUUUGAGGAUUGUAGCUCUGCCAAGACUAUAUUAAAGUACAUGACAGACGGUAUGUUGUUAAGAGAGGCCAUGAAUGACCCACUGCUGGAACGAUAUGGUGUGAUCAUUCUGGAUGAGGCUCAUGAGAGAACUCUGGCCACAGACAUCCUGAUGGGAGUACUGAAAGAAGUGGUUCGUCAGAGAUCAGAUCUGAAGGUGAUUGUCAUGAGUGCCACACUAGAUGCUGGGAAGUUCCAGGUAUACUUUGACAGCUGUCCUCUUCUAACUAUUCCUGGACGUACACAUCCUGUUGAGAUCUUUUACACUCCGGAGCCAGAGCGGGACUACCUUGAGGCGGCAAUCCGUACUGUCAUCCAGAUUCAUAUGUGUGAGGAAGAGGAAGGUGAUUGUCUUCUCUUCCUCACCGGUCAAGAGGAAAUUGAUGAGGCAUGCAAACGGAUCAAGCGUGAGGUAGAUGACCUGGGUCCUGAGGUCGGAGACAUCAAAAUCAUUCCACUGUAUUCCACGUUGCCUCCACAGCAGCAACAAAGAAUCUUUGAGCCUCCUCCUCCAAGGAAGCCAAAUGGUGCAAUAGGAAGAAAGGUUGUGGUGUCGACAAACAUCGCUGAGACUUCUCUAACAAUUGAUGGCGUGGUGUUUGUCAUUGACCCUGGAUUUGCCAAACAAAAGGUGUACAAUCCUCGAAUCAGAGUGGAGUCUCUGCUCGUUACAGCCAUCAGUAAAGCUUCUGCCCAGCAGAGGGCAGGACGAGCUGGAAGAACACGUCCAGGGAAAUGCUUCCGUCUCUACACAGAGAAGGCCUACAAAACAGAGAUGCAGGAUAACACAUACCCUGAGAUUCUUCGCUCAAACUUGGGAUCUGUAGUGCUUCAGCUUAAAAAGCUGGGUAUUGAUGACCUCGUCCACUUUGACUUCAUGGAUCCACCUGCUCCUGAGACGUUGAUGAGGGCCCUUGAGCUGCUUAACUACCUGGCAGCUCUCAACGAUGACGGUGACCUGACGGAGCUGGGCUCCAUGAUGGCAGAAUUUCCUCUGGACCCCCAACUGGCAAAGAUGGUCAUUGCGAGCUGCGAGUUUAACUGCUCCAACGAGAUCCUUUCCAUUACUGCCAUGCUGUCAGUCCCACAGUGUUUUGUCCGUCCUACGGAGGCUAAGAAGGCAGCAGACGAGUCCAAGAUGAGGUUUGCUCACAUUGAUGGAGACCACUUGACGCUGCUCAACGUCUAUCACGCCUUCAAACAAAACCAUGAGUCUAACCAGUGGUGCUAUGACAACUUUGUCAAUUACCGCUCGCUGAUGUCUGCCGACAAUGUGCGGCAGCAGCUGUCCAGGAUCAUGGACCGCUUCAACUUGCCUCGUCGGAGCACGGAGUUCACAAGCAGAGAUUACUACAUCAACAUCCGACGGGCGCUCUGCACCGGCUUCUUCAUGCAGGUGGCUCAUUUGGAGCGCACAGGCCAUUACCUCACAGUGAAAGACAACCAAGUGGUCCAGCUGCACCCAUCUACAGUCCUAGACCACAAACCAGAGUGGGUGCUCUACAACGAGUUUGUCCUCACCACCAAGAACUACAUCCGCACAUGCACAGACAUCAAGCCAGAGUGGCUGGUGAAGAUUGCACCUCAGUACUACGAAAUGAGUAACUUCCCACAAUGUGAAGCUAAGCGACAGCUGGAGCGAAUCAUUGCCAAACUAGAGAGCAAAGAGUAUUCCCAGUACUGAACAACAGCCAACAAGUGUCCUGGAAAAACAACUGCUUACUUUAGUUUUAGAUCUUUCUCUCAUUGUAUCUUAAUGUUUCAAAUUUGACUUUUUGAUUAUUUUUUAAAAAUAUUUUCUUUGCCCCCCCCCAUCAAUGUUAAUUCUGUAACUACGUGUACCGUCAGAUAAAAUGUCAACAACAGUGGUUAGACCCGGUCGUAAUUACUGAAACGGAAUAACAAAUGUGUUAUUUAGAUGUGGUUGAAUUUUGUUUAGGAAACUGCUGAGUCAUAAACAUUUGUGCUUGCUUUGUUUCUUUAAAACAAUGAGCUUUGACUUCAUUUCUCUGUAUAAAUUAAUUAGUAAAGUCAGUUAUCCGAAAGACA